AUGCAUGCUGAUCAGGAAAACAGGGAUCAAGAUGGGGAUUGGGAAUGGCGUUUUAUGAAGACUAAGAAGAAACCUGGAAGUGACAAACAUUAUUCAAUCCCUCCAAAAGAACCUGAUGUUGAUGUUAAGGGGUUGAGAUCACUUUGUGAGAAGUAUGCUAAGGUGGCUGAUCAUAUUGCUCAUAAGCGAUCAAAGUUGGGUAAACGUUUUGCGUUUGUCCGCUUUCUACGAGUUUCAAAUGUACCAAAAUUGGAGAAAAGAUUGUCAUCAUUUUGGAUUGGGAAUUUUCAUAUCUUCGCCUCAGUCGCAAGGUUUUCCCGUGGUGAUACUUCUGGUGGUACUUUGAAUGGUAAGGAUGGGAAGGUGUUAGUUGCAAUUUGUGCACCUUUUUUGCACACCUUUUAG